AUGAAUGCAGAACAGGAGCGUCCUACAUCAAAUGAUGAAGAAAUUUAUAUUCAUACAAAUGAAGAAACAACAGCGUUGACAAGUGAAAAUCCUGCCAUAGUGUAUGAACCUGGAACACGUGGUAGGCCUCCAAUACAGGAGACUCUUGAUAGCGAGAUGCUCUAUCCACAACCAGCACAGAUUGCUUCUGACAUUUCCGGGUAUUAUUCAGUUGAUGCUUUUGAUUUAGAAGAAGAAUUGGAAGUAAUUGGUAUAAUGGAUGAUGGCAAUGGCCAGCUGGAGAUCUUGGUCAUGUCGGUUGAAACAUAUCCAGCCAUUGUGGCUGAACUUUGA